UUGGCUGCUUAUCAUCAUCACCUUGUCUUCUUCUUCUUCUUUUUCUUCUUCUUCUUCUUCUUUGAUGCCAAGCAAUGGCGAAGGCAGUGGUCUACGCGCUACUUGCCACCGCCUUUAUCUUUCUUCUCGUCAUGCUUCCCUCCAAACAACGUGGCCCCAACCACCGCCGCCGCCACCACCACCCCCACCCCCUCCUCGGCCUUAACCGCCGUCUUGGCUACACGGGUCAUGCUCCCAUUUUUGACCCUCUGGUCGCCAAGAUGGAGAGGUACGCCAAGGAAAAUGGAUUCCCAGGGGGAAUGAAUGCAAGUGAGGUGGAAGAAGUACAUGAAUAUAUUGGCAAUGAGGGAAAGUUGAAUCUCACGUUGAGGCUGAUUAAUCUGUUCCCGUUGAUAGACCAGGCGCCAAAAGACGGGUUCAUUAGCUCUAAGGAGCUCGAGCAAUGGGUCAUGCAACAAACCUUGGAGAGGUUGAAUUAUAGCACACAGAAAGAAAUGGAAUCGCACGAUAAAGAUGGUGAUGGAACAAUUUCUUUCGCGGAGUAUCUGCCCAAGUUUUCCACUAAGGAUCUAGCGAAAAACAAAAUGGAGCACGGAGAAGCUGGAUGGUGGAAGCAACAAUUUGAGAAUGCAGAUGCUGAUAAGAAUGGAUUACUAAACUUCAAUGAAUUGAAAGAUUUGUUGCACCCAGAAGACAGCAACAAUGAAGAAAUUCACAAAUGGCUGUUGAGAGAAAAAAUGAAGCGGAUGGACAAGGAUAAGGAUGGGAAAAUGAAUUUCAUGGAGUUUUUACACAACGCUUAUGAUAAUUACAAGAGUUACGUAGAAUUUGAAACGGGCGGGAAGAAUGUACCCUCGCCAGAACAGAAAUUUACAGAACUUGAUGUGAACAAGAACAAACACUUGGAAGUGGAAGAAUUGAAACCAAUCCUACAUUACAUUCACCCAGGAGAAUUGUCCUAUGCUAAAUAUUAUGCAAGCUUUCUGAUGUUGGAGGCGGAUGGUAACAAAGAUGGAAAAUUAACGCUCGAGGAGAUGCUCGAUCAUGAUUAUGUUUUCUACAACACAGUCUAUGAUGGCAGCAUCAACGAAAAUCUUGAUGAAGAUUUGCAUGACGAAUUCUGAAGCGUGAUGACCCGGGAAAGGCACUUUUCGAUUGUUUUUAGCGGGAGCUUAUGCUAAUUGUGUAUUUAUUUUGUCAUUUGAAACAUAUAGAAGAGCAAAACAAAAUACUUUGCUUUCAUUAGGUUGAGCAUUGACUCAAAAAGUAGUGGUAACUGGUAUAUACUUAGGAUAGGUAUAUAGUGUUGUGUGAAACUGUUUUAAUAAUUAGGAAUGUUUUUGUUGGAAGAAAAUAGAAGAAAUUACAUGAAAAUUUCAGUUGUUUCCU